AGGGAAAACCAGACGAUUCCAUUCAGAAAUCCACAGUCAAGCUUUGUGUGAGAAGAGCAUAGACGACAAUCCUGAAAGAACGUUUGCAACAGCGUGGAGUGAAACAGAACUUAUUUUCAACAUUGCAAAGGAAUUAAAUCUUCGCAAAUAAAGAACAGACAGACGGACCAGCGUCUCCUGCUGCUACAGUCAGCCCCUCCUCCAACUUCAGUCCAGAGGCCGUGAAGAUAUUCAGGCAACAUGGAUGGAUUUUAUGACCAGCAAGUCCCUUUCAUGGCCCCCUCUAGUCAGAAUUGUCAUGUGGAAGAACCAGUGAACAUGCCAUUUAACGAGCGGAAGAGAAAGUUUGUUGACACUGAGCUCGCCCAGGACACAGAAGAUCUCUUUCAAGACCUCAUGCAACUUCAAGAGACAUGGAUUGCAGAAGCUCAGGUGCCUGAUGACGAACAGUUUGUCCCAGAUUUCCAGUCGGAUAACCUAAUGUUCCAUGGACCUCCAGCCAGUAAAGUGAAGCGAGAGUCCAGUGCCUCUAGAGAUCUGUCCCCCUGCAGUCAGGAACAACAGAGACUCUCUCUCUACACAGACAAGUGCCUUUACAGCUACAGUGCCAACAACAGGAAGCCACUUGGCAUCAAUACUUUAACCCCUCCCUCCACACCCGCCUCACCCUGCAGCCCCGCCCCCACCCCGGGGACACACCCCCUACAGAGGCAGAUCACGUCCCCUGUCCAGGCGACACACCCCGGCCACAGUCGUCCGACUCACAGGCACAGCCCCUCCCACCACCGGACACUCCCGCCACACCCGAGCCAAAGCCAGCCUUUCGCUGUUCCCCGCCUACCUGUCAAUCACUCCGAUGCCUCCUACAGCUCAGAACACAGGUUCCAGCGGCAGCUCUCUGAGCCAUGUCUGCCUUUCCCUCCGCCUGACGGUGCCACCUGUACCCCUUACCCCCCUCAGCCCCAUCACCCCCAACGCGCCCCCCUGUCCCGGGACGGCCGCCCCAUCUACCAGCGGCACCUGUCAGAGCCCUUGGUCCUCCUCCCUGCUCAGGGCUUCAAGCAGGAGCUGGUGGACCUCCGCUACACCGAGCAGGGGGUCCCCACCAUGGGCCCUCCCCGCACCCCGUUCCAGGGCCUCUCUAUCAAGCAGGAGCCCCGGGAUUUCUGCUUUGACCAAGAAAUGCAGAACUGCCAGUCUUCUUUCAGGAAGUCCGGUAACUUCUACCAAAACAAUGAUGGUUUGGUCUACGACGGAGAGCCUCAUCUGUACAACGACGACACAUGCGUGGUUCCAGAGAGACUAGAAGGCAAGAUCAAGCAGGAGGCCGGAGUGUUCCGUGACGGACCGCCCUACCAGCGCCGAGGUUCCCUGCAGCUCUGGCAGUUCCUGGUCACUCUGCUGGACGACCCGGCCAAUGGUCACUUCAUCUCCUGGACCGGCCGCGGCAUGGAGUUCAAACUCAUCGAGCCCGAAGAGGUGGCCCGGCGCUGGGGCCUUCAGAAGAACCGGCCUGCCAUGAACUACGACAAGCUGAGCCGCUCUCUACGCUAUUACUAUGAGAAGGGCAUCAUGCAGAAGGUAAAGGUGGCUGGAGAGAGGUACGUGUACAAGUUUACGUGUGACCCCGAGGCGCUCUUCUCCAUGGCCUUCCCUGACAACCAGAGGCCCAGCCUGAAGCAGGACCCGGACUGCCUGCCGCCGUCUGCGGGGGAGGAUGACACCACCGUGCCCCUGGCCCACUACGAGGAUGGCUGUGGCUCCUACCUGGCCGACGGAGGGGAGCGGGGCGUCUCGUUACUGGGCUUCCCCGAUAACUACUCCUUCUGAAUGUUCUGACCAAUGACGGAAUAAAGACAGCUGUCAUCUGGUACCCUGCCACACCCCUACCCUACCCCAAACUCUUGUCCCCUAAUUACACACCACUACCCUACCCCUUGUCCCCUAACUAUACACUCCUACCCUACUCCUCAUCUCCUAACUACACACCACUACCCUACCCCACAUCCCCUAACUACACACCCAGAGCCCAAACCCUAGUCCCCGAACUACACACCCAGAGCCCAAACCCUAGUCCCCGAACUACACACCCAGAGCCCAAACCCUAGUCCCCGAACUACACACCCAGAGCCCAAACCCUAGUCCCCGAACUACACACCCAGAGCCCAAACCCUAGUCCCCGAACUACACACCCAGAGCCCAAACCCUAGUCCCCGAACUACACACCCAGAGCCCAAACCCUAGUCCCCGAACUACACACCCAGAGCCCAAACCCUAGUCCCCGAACUACACACCCAGAGCCCAAACCCUAGUCCCCGAACUACACACCCAGAGCCCAAACCCUAGUCCCCGAACUACACACCCAGAGCCCAAACCCUAGUCCCCGAACUACACACCCAGAGCCCAAACCCUAGUCCCCGAACUACACACCCAGAGCCCAAACCCUAGUCCCCGAACUACACACCCAGAGCCCAAGCUGCUGAGCGGAUUUGGAGCUCUCUAACCCCCCUCCCCUACUCCUAUGCCAAACUCAGCUCCUCUUGCCAGUCUUGAGAUUACCCUCCCCAAGUCCCAAGGAAAAAACCAGUCAAACCUGAGACGGCCAUCUUGCUUCUUCUUUGCCCUCUGUUAUCAAACUAAAUUGUGGCGAAAGGUGUGCGGUCCACAUCCUCAUCAACAUAAAGUGAACUGAGUGAUCUCCUUUACGGGGGUUGGGCGAGGACACGGUUCACGUGAUUAUAACGGGACUCAAGUAAUGGACACGAGUGUGCCAGGAUUGUAGCCAAUAGCCAUGCAGUUUCCACAAUCUGCUAGCCAAUAGCCAUGCAGUUUCCACAAUCUGCUAGGUACGAGUAUGACAAAUAAUGGCGAGGAUAUAAAACAUUGCCCUUUUGAUAUAGCAAUUGUUUUAUGGCUUGAUCCCAAACAGAGUAGUAAACUCGACACGCGCACAGGGCUUCACCUUGGAGAGAAACUACGACUCCAAUGAACCUUAGUACUACAGGUGGUGAUGUAAUGUAACUCUGUAUGCAAUGAAUGGGCCAAACACACAGGCAACCGACUGUUCUUAUUAAUCCAUAAUACAUCGUACGACUAUAAAGAAGCUGGGACACGACUACCCCUGAGCAAGUUGCGUUGGCUGGCAUGCCCCUCAUUAAAAACACCAACACACUGAAAUCCAAUCUGAAAUGGGAGAGGUGGACUCAGGACUCGCUAGCUCAGCAUUCUCUUCAGACUCGGGGAAUUUUUUUUUUUUCUCUCACCCAAAAAUGUAAAACCUUUAUGAUGCUGUUUUACUCCUGAUGUUGGCGUGUCCUACCAGAUGUAUCUUUCCUUGACGUUUUGUUUAGCUCUUUCAUUUGACUCAUUUUGUCGUAAUAUGUAAAAGGGACACGCAUACAAAACAGUAUUUUUCCUGAAGCGUUGACUUCCUAUUAGAAAGUGUGUAUUGAAAAUACAUGUUUAUGUACUAUGAUGACAAAAGUACUGCGACUGUCACGCAGUCCCUUCUCCAAAAACUAUAACUGCCAAUAGUAAGCUAAACAGGGGGGACUCUACUCAUCGCAUUGUUUUCUCACAGAAAGCUGUACCAACCUAUUGCUGUACCAUUCAAAAGUUUUCUGCUUUUUGUAUAGUUUAUCGGGGCGUAUAUGAAACAAACAUCUAAAAUGUAAAUGUGUAUAUAUGAAUAUAUUUUUGCAAAGUCAUUUGUUUUGACGUACACGCUGGAAUGUUUGGCCUGGUAUCUGGUUUGCAUCCUUUAAUUCUUGUCAUCAUGUUACGGUGUCCAUAUUAGGACACAUCCCUAGUCUCUGCAGGAGUUGUCUGUCGAGUCCUGCAAAGACUGAGGCUGUCCUAAUAUGGACACCGUAUUGAGGCAGUGGGUUGAAGCCUAGAAAGACCUCCCCGUUGACUGAGUGGUGGGCUGUGUCGGCGUCACACGUGUGUACCAGUAUAUUUUGAUAUGAUUCUGUCUACAUGUGGGUUGGGGGGGUGUCUUGUCCACAACGUUGAGUUUUGCUGGCACUUAUACAAGUGACAACCCCCCCCCCCCUUUUUCCCCACAAAUACAAUGUGUGCCUUCCACUGCUUUUGGUUGAUUUUCUAUACUGGAUACAAUAAACUAUACUUUCUGCUUCAAA